AUGAACAAAAACCAUAGCAUGCGGUCUAAAAGAGCAGGGAAACCAUCCAGUCAGCUAAGUGCGACAUUGGGUGGUGGAGCUAAUAAAGUAAAGAAAAAAAUUCGGGAGAUACAGCGACUUUUGCAGAAGAAAAAAGACGUUUUGCCGGACACGGUUUUGAUCGAGAAGGAGAGAACGCUAGAAGCGUUACAGCUGGAACUUGAAUCUGCUGAAUUGCGCAAGAAGCAGCAGAAAAAUGCAAAAAAAUACCACAUGGUGAGGUUUUUCGAGCGUAAAAAGGCACUACGAAAAUAUAAAAGGGCCUCAGAGCGUGUACAUGCAUCGAGUCCGCAAGACAAAGAUGAAGUUUCGGCUGCCAAAAAGCAACUUUGGAAAGCUGAAGUAGACUUGUGUUAUGUGGUCAAUUUCUCAAGACUGGAAAAAUACAUUGCGCUUUAUCCAUCAGAAGACGCAGAUAACGUAGCCGACAAAGGUGACAAGACCCUUUCAAGACGUCAACAAGUGUGGGAAGCAGUGGAGAAGCACCAUCGUGAAGGAACGCUGCCCGUGGCGCUUCCUGCAAUACUGAAGGGCCAUAAACUUGACGAUAACCAAUACGGUGUGUCGUGGGAUCAAUCACGUGAAUCUGGGCGUCUCGGUGAACGCGGUAGUGUCAACGACGGCCAGGACGAAAAUGAGGACGAUUUCUUCGAGUAG